CUCAAUCUUGUCACUGUACAGACAUGAACCGAGCUCAACGAGCAAUAAUCACAUACUUGAUUUUGUCCUCCUCCUCAAUUAACACGUAGUUUUUUCUUUUAAGUCCGUUGAGAAGUGUUAUUUUUUCUACCUGCACCGCCCUGUCUCCGUGCCGAGAAAUCUUCAUUUUUUUGCGCUGGAACUGUCGUGGAAGAAGAUGUGCGUGGAGAGCGAUGGAUGCGAGAUUGAGAGGUGCAGUAGUUCGGAUGAGGUGCACACACUGUCUGGAAGCAUGAGUUCGACUCUUAAAUCCAGCCCUGACCUGCAUUCCUGCAAACCUGGGCAGAAAUUCCGUGCCGCAUUACUCCGAUGCCGGUCUCCGUUCGUUGCCGCCGGGAUUCUCAGUUUUGGGAAUGUGCUCAAUUACAUGGACAGAUACACCGUCGCAGGUGUAAUCCUUGACAUACAGAAGCACUUUAACGUUCGUGACAGUGGAGCCGGCUUGUUGCAAACAGUCUUCAUCUGCAGUUUCAUGGUGGCCGCACCCAUUUUCGGAUACCUGGGGGAUCGCUUCAACAGAAAGAUCAUUCUGAGCUGUGGAAUCUUCUUCUGGUCUUGUGUGACACUGCUCAGCUCCUUUAUUACCAAAGAUUAUUAUUGGUUGCUAGUGCUGUCCAGAUGUCUAGUGGGUAUCGGAGAAUCAAGCUACUCCUCAAUCUCUCCUACAAUUAUUGGAGACCUGUUCACCAACAACAAAAGGACCAUGAUGCUCUCUGUCUUCUAUCUGGCCAUCCCACUGGGAAGUGGUCUGGGAUACAUUCUGGGAUCCAUCGCUAAAGAUGCUGGAGGGGACUGGAAGUGGGCACUGAGGGUUUCUCCUGUGUUGGGGUUGACUGCUGGUGCCCUCAUCCUCAUCUUUGUCCAUGAGCCAAAGAGAGGGUGCGCUGAUCAACUGGCUGGACGUAUAAGGACACGCACUUCCUGGCUCUGUGACAUGAAAGCUCUUGCCAAAAACCGCAGUUAUGUGUUCUCAUCUCUGGCAUCAGCUGCGGUGUCAUUCGCCACAGGGGCAUUUGGGAUCUGGAUUCCUCAGUACUUGUUUAGAGCUCAAGUGGUGCAGCAGACAGCAGUGAGCUGCACCAAUCAGCCAUGUAGCAGCAAAGACAGUCUGAUUUUCGGUGCCAUCACCUGUGUGACGGGUCUGUUGGGUGUGGUGAUUGGUGCUGUAACCACGCGACUCUUUCGGCAGAAGACAGAACGUGCUGAUCCUCUGGUGUGUGCAGUGAGCAUGCUGGGCUCUGCUAUCUUCAUCUGCCUCAUCUUCGUUGUGGCCAAGAAGAGCAUUGUCGGAGCAUAUAUCUGCAUUUUCAUUGGAGAGACGCUGCUGUUUUUGAACUGGGCCAUAACAGCGGACAUUUUAAUGUACGUUGUCAUACCAACCAGAAGAGCCACUGCUAUCGCCUUUCAGGGCUUCACCUCACAUUUACUAGGGGAUGCUGGGAGCCCGUACCUCAUUGGCCUGAUAUCAGACUCGCUUCAGCAAAGCUACGCCACGUCAGUGUUAUGGCAGUUCCUUAGUCUGGGCUAUGCCCUCAUGCUCUGCCCAUUUGUCAUCGUUCUGGGAGGAAUGUUCUUCCUUGCCACAGCCCUUUUCUACCUAGAUGAUCGUGAAAAAGCAGAGACACAAGUGGACCAGCUUUCCCGCCAACCAUCCACAGUAAAGGUCAACAAAUGAUUGCUAUAAUGAAGAGAAUAUGGAAUGAGAACAUGUGCAAGUGAAGGAGAGGAGCAAAAGGAAGAAAAAUUGCAGCUAACUCACUAUAUCCACACACAACAUACUCUGAUCACUGCUAUCAUCAGCAUCAUCAUCUCUGCUUUUUUUCGUUCCUUUCUGUGAAGGAUAUUCUGAAUUCAAAUCAUGCCUUGCUUGCCCCAGGAAACCUUGUAUCCCAUCAAUCAGCUGGCAAGAGGCAAUGCAAUGUACAAAGGUCAGCCAAUCAGCAGCUGGUGUGCAGCUAUUAAUGAUGUAUAUUUUAAGAAGGGUGAAAAGAGCCACACAAGCUCUUGAUGGGUGUUUAGAGCAGGGUGCAUUAGCACUCAGUGCCAUACUACUGAACACAGCACGGACACGCGAUCCCGUACUGUCAAGCUGCCUGUCGAUCUGCACCAAGUGCUAUAACAUAACAUUCCUAUUAGGGACCAGUUUCUAUGAUGCUCACAGUCAACAGGGGCUCACCAAUAAGCCAAAUUUACAAAAAUGUGCAAAUAUUGAACCGAAAAAAACCCAGCAGAAACAAUCUGUGCAGUGAGCCCUGCCUUGAAGCACAGGUCUGGUCCCUUGUCAUUUUUCUUUCAUAAAGAUUAUUUUCUUUGCUUAUAUUUAAAUGUAUUUUCUUUUUUUUUUCUAAGCACUUACCAUUUACUGCAGUGCCAGUUACAUCAUGCAGCCAUGCAUGACCCCUGAGACUAUUGAAAUUGAUAACUAUUGUUUCUAUUCUUCUCUUGACUGUGUUUAUGUAAAUGAAACUGGAGGGACUUCUAAGGACAGCAUAAACUAUUGCUGAAAGGGACACUGGAUUGUAAAUAUGAUCUUUUUCUAAUGAAGAAAAUACUUUGAAAAUUAAUAAUGAAAAAUGCUUUCAUACUUUUGUCAACUGAUUAGGAAUUAGCGAACAGUUUGCCAGGAUAAACAGGACACAGACACCUCUCACAGUAUGCCCUAGACGUGAGCAGAAAUACUGAAAAAAUUUAAGUAGUGAACAAAGCCAAGGUUAUCGUUGCUUAUCAUGCAAAUUCUUUCUAAAGUGCCGGAUUACCCACCCAGACAGGCAAACCUUCUUUUAACUAGUGAUAAGAUUCACAAGCUUGCUGUAUAAGAAGGAAAGUCUUUGUAUUCUGAGUUACUUUGAUCAUUUGGUUUUACAUAUCCCUUUACUGUAGAAGUAGAGAGGGGAAAGGACGAUAGAGUAUUGCAGCCAAGUUAAUUUCCUUACUGCAAUCCAUUCAUUUUCAAAAAGGGACAAUUUUAAGGUUAAAUGAGGUCUGGAGGUUAAGCUUUUUAUUAUUAUUAUUGUUAGAAGAUUUAGACUGGAAAAGUAAAUCUAGUGUGAUGACCACUCCAAAUCAGUUAUGGUCUGAACAGGGUGAAUCUUUUAACUUUUUGUGGAUUCUGUGAAUUAUUAUAAUGUUUUUUUUUAGAUUUUGUUUAGCUGAUUCAGAGCGAACACAGGUAUUUGAAUGUGUUGCAUUCACUAAGAAAAGCACUUUUGCUUUUUACUAAGUGAUCUUGUCUAAGAAGUGAUAGUAGAAAUUGCAGAAACUGUCAUUUAUCGCUGUUAUUGCCUGGUAUGGUUUUGCUUCAGACUAUAGUUAGUAAUAUAUGCAAUUUUAAAGCAGAUUUCAUCAUGAACAAAACAUGAAAGCUUUGACAGUGGCAAUAAUUUGUAUAAUCUCAUAAUUAGUAAGAGUUUCGCAGUGCAAACCACUGUCACUUUGCAGCAUGUUGUAACCAAAUCUGUCUGUGUCUGUAGCAAUUAUAGUAGAAAUCUGUUCUCGAAGGGAAAUCAGAGGCUUUUUUCCCAUCUUGAAAAAAUGCACCUUGCCUAUAAAUUGAAGUGUUGAUUGGAGGGGAAAAAAAGCUAUCACACAGUAUGUGUUUUGAAGGUCUGACUUACCAUGACAUGUGAAAUUACCGUCCCUAUUUGCCAAUCAUAUCCUCUAAGCUUUCUUCAUGCCAGAUGAAAAGCCUUUUUGAAUGUGAUUCUGUCCGAUCCAAUGUGUUUACACAGGCAAAUUUAUCUUAAUUGCUUUUGUAUUAUUAUUCUUUUAAAGAUGUCCUUUUUUUCUUUUUACAAAUAUGAUUUUUAUAUAUAAACUACACUAUAAAGAUAUACUAUAUUAUGCAGCAAUUUUAAUAUAUUGUAAACCAAUGGCUUUGAUGCAAUGUAUUUAUUAUUAUGAUUGUGUUUUGUUUCUUUGCUGCCCUUGAUGAUAAGAUGGUAUAAAGGGAAAAUAAUGUUAUAGUUGUUAUGUACAGUUCAGUUUUCGUUCAUUUUUGUUUUAAAAUACCCAUGUAUCCUCAUAACCAUUGAAGAAUCUCUCCGUUGUUCAUCUCAGAGAACUGUGUGUUUGUAGGUCGAACAAACCAGAGCCAAUUAUUUUGCUGGUUCAUACAUAAACAUGCAUGCACACACACAGAGGCACAGCAUGACACUAUACAAAAUGGCAAAAUGAAAAGUGUAUCAAAAAAUUUUUUUAGACCAAUGAACUGAUAUUUUACCUGAUUUAUUUCGCACAAGUUACUGGAUGUGUGAAUAGUGUGCUAAUCAGGGGGGUUUCUUUUACUGUCUAAGUCAAUAGUUCUACACUGGCAUUUUUGUAAGUGCUAGCUUUGAGGGUUUAUUACCCAUUCACUGCCUGGCUACUAGCUUUUUAAAGUUAUAUUUCAUGCUGUCAAUUAUUAUAUGAUUAUUGUUCUUUUUUCUUUUUUUGAAAGGCAACACUCUCAGUGAUCUAGAUCAGAUGAACAUCUAUCUAAGUGUUUGUAAUGCCAAGUCUAUUUUACCAACAAAAAUGGAUGCUUGCGAGUAGUUUGAUUAAAUCAUUUUAACUGCUGAAUUGUGAGAGUUGAAUAUUUCAGAAUGCACAUUUUCUUGUCAUACAAGAAUUCUGUAAAUUAACCUAUUUCUGAUCUCAAGCAGAAUUAAAAGGUGAUUUUAUUUUUAGAGCAAGUGUGAUUA